AUGCAUUGCGAAUGCGGCUCAACGUCCACGUACGAUGGUCCGUUCAGCACGCCACGCAGUGUCAAGCAGACCUACGCUGAGCUCGUAGACCCGAGCUCGAAAGGCUCUGAAGAGUACGACUGGGGUUCGAUUGUAGGGGAAUACUCCAUGCGAGCAUUGACGUUUGACAAAGACAGGUUGCCUGCCCUGUCAGCCGUGGCUCGAAGACUGCAACCUAGGAUGGGAACGUACCUGGCCGGCUUGUGGCUCGAGCAACUGCCACACAGUCUUCUCUGGACAUUCUACCAUGACAAGUGGGAUGCAGAAAACAAUCGUGUCGGAGAUACAGAGCGAGGCCCUACCAGGCGGCCUGCGACCAACAUCCCACCUACUUGGUCAUGGACGUCCGUAGAGGAUGUCGUGGUACGUCUCCCUUCAGACGCCCACAAUACGGAAGAUAAAGUCCGAAUCAUCGAUGCCGGGACAACUCCGCUGCUUGCUGAUCCGUUUGGAGCAGUCAAGGACGGGUUCAUCAAGCUUGCCGGCGUUCUCAUCCCAUCAAGGCUCCGCUAUGAAGUGGAAGCCGGUCCAUGUGCAGCUGCAGUAAGAUACACACUCGAGAUCGGCCAUACUGAGGUCCCUUUCGUCCCUGAUGUCACCUUGUCAGAAGGAUCCUCACACAUACCCUCCGGGCAAAUCCUCCAUUGCAUCUACCUCAGUCACCAUCGCCAUAACAUAGAGCAAGCUGUGAUGUCACUCGUCCUGAGGUGCUGCGACCCCGUCAACGGGGUCUAUCAGCGACUUGGAACACUCGAGAGCGAAGCUGCUACGGCGGCCUGGUACGAUGGUAUCUGCGAAUCCGUCAUCACGCUUGUUUGA